UGCAGAUGUGUCGCAGAUUUUGUAAAGUCACUGGACGCACGGAAAGAUCCAGCCCAAGGAAGUACCCCUGAAUAAAUUGACUCCUAAAGUGAGGGGGGGAACCAAGACUCCCGAGGGAGGAGCGCGGGGAAGAGGACGGAGCCGAGGCACCGCUGUCAGAAGCAGUUAACGUUAGCUUACGUUUGUGGGGGUGAAGGACGUUACUUUGGCAGUUAAAUCCCAACGGACGGCCCCGUGCGCAGAGAUGGAGCUGUCAGCGAUUGGAGAGCAAGUGUUUGCUGUGGAAUCAAUAGUCAAGAAAAGAGUUAGAAAGGGGAAUGUGGAGUAUCUGCUGAAGUGGAAAGGAUGGCCUCCAAAGUACAGCACCUGGGAACCUGAGGAACACAUUCUGGACCGGCGCUUGGUCCAGGCCUUUGAGGAGAAAGAGGAAAAAGAACGUGCUGUUGGCCACAGAAAGAAAGGAUCCAAAACUAAAAAAUUCCUUGUGCAGAAUACUGUGUACACUAUGGAUCUCCGCAGCGCUCACAAGAUUCCCACAAAACCUCCGCCUCGCCUGCGUCUCUCUCUGACGCGCUCUCUGGUGGCCGACAACGAGGACGAGCUUUACGGUGCCUGCAGACUGAGCUCGCAACCACAACUGGAGCAUCGAAAAAGCAAAAAUAGGAGGUCACAGAACAGGUGCCUUAACUCAAACCCUCCAAGUCCAACACAAGAGGACUGGGAGGAGUUGGGAGUGGAAGAGGAGGAGGCAGAGAACAGUCCUGGAGAUGAUGAGGAACAGGACCAAGAAGACGAUCAAAGAGAGGGCACAAAAAAGAGCAAAGGCAUUUUAAAUGGACAGAAGGGGACAGACGAUUGGAGAUCCACUACUGAACCAGACCAUGUGGCUACAUCAGAGGACUCGUGGACACCCAUCAUCAGUCCAGGAGAGGUGACGGUCACAGACGUCACCCUCAACUCUAUCACAGUGACCUUCCGAGAGUCAAGGGUGGCAAAAGGCUUCUUCAGAGACUGGGUGCUGAAAGUGUGAGCUAGCUGGCGGUGAGCGCGUGGCAAGAAUAAGUUGGAGUGUCUGGAUGCACCAUCUUCCACUAAUUUUAUUAACACUUGAAGAGCAUUUGAGAGCAGGAAGAUUGAAGGAGCAGCAGAGGGUGAAACGUAUUUUGUAGUCAUUAUUUUUCUACAUUGACCUGAAUGUAUAUUUAUUCUUUAAAGAUAUCUGUGUAUUUGUCAUGCAGAUGACUGAACAGGAUAGUUUUUUAUACAGUUUGUUAUAAUCACUGAGCUGAUGCCAUAAACAGUAGAAAUGUAGACAUGAAAGAAACCGUUGCCUAAUGUUGUUGCUUGCGCUGCUUUUGUCCACCACUGAGCGCAGAACCUUGCACUUUAUCGUGAUGUAACCCUGCACAUUAUCUGCUCCAGUCUCUUAAGUCAUUGUGUAUAGACUGUUUCUAUGGUAACACUAAAAUAAAUGUUGCACAUGUUUAAUAUGA